GCCUCGUCUGCGAGCUACCGCCCCCAUCCGCCUUGCUUGAGGGUUCCUCCUGAGGAUCGCAACGCGCUCCCGCUGGAGCGUUCGAAUGCUUGUUGGGCGGCGUGCCCUUCUGUCUCGCUAAUUGCCCGCCCGGUCGAGCUGCGCGCCAACCAUUGACGAUCAAGGUGCAGCAUGGCGGACGACUAUCGGAGAGUCAAAGAGGACGGCGCGCGAGAUCCCCAGGAAGCCAUGCGCUACCCGCCUCCGUCUGAAAGUGAUGAUCGGAGACGGCCCCCUCAAGCGGGCCUAGACAGCGCUCCGCUGCCCGCGAUGCCGUCCUAUCCACCCCCAGGGCCGGCUUACCAGCCAGAUCCGCGCUAUCCGGACCGAGGCUACCCCCCGGACCCAAGAUACCCACCAGAUCCCCGGAGCUGGCCGCCGGAACCCCCAGCUCCAAACGGCUAUCACCCUCCACCGGACCCGCGCUAUCCCCCUCCCUAUCCCGCUCAAGACCCCCGUCAGUUUGAGGACCGGAGGCAGUUCGACGACCGUAGCAGGCCUUACGACGAUAGGAUGCGGCAGUACGACGAUCGGCGGCAGUACGAGGACCGGAGACCCUACGAGGACCAGAGACUAUACGAUGAUCCUCGGCAGUACCCCGACCGCAGGCCCUACCCCGACCCGUACUACGAUCAACAGCAGGCGGCUCAGGGGAGGGGUGGCGGGUAUGGCCCCGACUACUACAGAUACCCACCGGCCCCCUAUCCGUAUGGGAUGGGCCCGCCGCCGCCGCCUCCGUCGACUCAGCAGCAAACGGCGCCGAGGCAAAGGACGUCCAUUGCCUGCCGCUAUUGCAGAAAGAGAAAGAUCCGUUGCAGCGGUUACACCCACACGACGAACGGCAAGUGCACAAACUGCGACAAGCUGCGAAUCGACUGCAUCUUUCAGCCCGUCUCGUCGAAUUCGUCUGCCGCUUUUGUUCCGGUGUCGGCUGUUCCAGGAGGUGUGCCUCCAGGAACCCCGCUUUACGGAGCGUACGGGCAGCCUUUGCCCCCUGCCACCGCGCCAGCGCAGCAAGCUCGCCCUUAUCCGUAUCCGCCGACUGAGUACACCCCGCCGAUGCAGUCGCCUACAGGAGCAUAUGUCCCUUACGACGACAAAGACCCCGGGCGCCGACGGGCCCGCCCGCUCGAGGAGGAGCACAGUUCGCGACCGCCGCCGCCGAACUACCCUCUCGACGAUGAUCCUCGCAGACGAUCCCCGGUUUCGCUCGGCAGCAACGGGACCCCGCCGGCGGCUUAUCCGCAGUACCAGCAACAAGGCCCCUAUGACCGGGACCGGCCCCCGACUCCCACCCGGAAUAGCCCGUCUCGGCCUAUGCCGCUGCAGCCGCCGUCAAGAACGCCUCAGGUCCCACUAUCUCAGGUGCAACCGGCGCAGCCGCCGCUGCAAUCCCAGCUGCUGCCCCAGGCGCGGCCUCAGCCCCAGCCUGCGCCGAGCAGCUAUUCGCAGCCUCCUCCGCCGAGCAGCUAUUCACAGCCCCCGUCGAGCAGUUAUUCCCAGGCUCCCUCGAGCACUUACUCUAACCCGAUGAGCCUGGAUAACCUGAUGGGGCCGGGCCCUCGGACGGUCAACGACAUCGACCGGAACAUGCUCGGAAGGCUGGACAGACGGUCCUAAGUCCUAGCCCAGGUUGGGCCAUCGCGGUGCAGCCGACGAACGGUUUAGUCUGGCACUAAC